CUCAGAAGUCAGAACACCAGCCCGAAAACAAAAACACGGCUUUCGCGUUCGGCUUCGCCUCUUCGCGGCUUUCUUGGCAUUCUCGCCAGCCUGUGACAACGGUUGACAACGGUCAAGUGCAGUCGCUCAAUCUUUUGCGUUCCGUGAAAAAAAUCUAUCCAAUUCAAGAUGCCUCCCAAGAAGAGGUCAAAGAAGCCCGCCUCCAGCUCAGACUCUGACUCUGGACCAGACGAUAAGGGCCCACUUGUGAAGAAGCCCGCUCUUUCCCCAUCCAAACCCAAGGGUCCCAAGGGGGAGGCUGGUGACGAGUCUUUUCCCUUGGAGAGAAACCGGUUUGUCACCGUCAGCGAGUUCAGAGGCUCUGUGAUGGUGGGCAUUCGUGAAUUUUAUGAGAAGGAUGGAGAACUGCUCCCAGGGAAGAAAGGUAUUUCUCUCACUGCUUCUCAAUAUCAGAAGUUGAAAGACCUCAUUCCUCAAAUUGAUGAAGCACUCAGCAAGCAUUAAUUCUUAGCUCAAUUUUAUUUUUAUGAUUACAUCAGAUGUCAUUUUUUGUUCAUUUCUUUGCCAGACUUCGUAACAUCUGUAUUUUACCUUUUUGUUAUGUCUGUAAUUUCCAAACAGAUGCUAUUUAAGUCAUUUUUUAAUAAACCUGAAUUCCUUUA